AUGGCAUCUAAAACUCUAUUGGUUGACUUCCCAGCGGUUAUCAAAUCCAAAGUAUUGGAAGAACUUGAUGUUUUCUCAAUCUUGAAACUUCGAAAAGUGUGUUGGAGUCUCCGCGAAUUUAUUGAUAAGAGCCAGCCGAAGCCCAGAGGCACAGUAGUCGACCUUAAUUUGAAUGGAAACUCUAUUGGAAUUGUUCUGAUUCUCCAGGAAGACACGCGAAUUUAUUUCCAAGACAACGCGAAUGGAUGUACGAUGUCAUGGGGUGACUCUAAUUCGAUAAAUUUCGAUAACGAAUGCUACAUCGAUGUGUUUCUGAGAGAAUUUACUAUAAUUAUGAAACACCAUUGGCGACCUGUAUUGGACUCCGUCUCAGUGGACAUGUGGGGGAAAAAGGAUUACUCGGAUCUUGACAAAAUUUUCAACAAAAUCAAUCAUCUUCAGUCCGAAAAAGUCCGCUUCGAAGAGUGCAAUCCAAUCAAAAUUGGAAAGAUGUUUUCGUUUUUCGACGCGAAAUGCUUGAAUAAAAUUGUCAUUGAAAAUUGUUUAAUAGCAAAUUCGAAUGAAGACUUGCUUCCAAUCACCAGAACAGAGCACUGGAAAUCCGCGAGAUGUGUGGUAUAUAAAGGAAAGAAGUUUCGUCCCAGAAUCCAAGAUUUUCUUCAUUUUUCGGAUGUGGAAAUUGAAUUCAACUUGAUCCCAGUACAGGAUAUUAUUUUACUGAAAGAGAAUUUCCUCAAAUCUCCCACACUGACACGGUUUGAAAUUAGAAGCUAUGACUAUAUUGGUAAACGACUGCCCGCAAUAUUUGGAGAUCCAUCCACUCAAAGCAACAAUGAAUGGUUCUUCAGGAUUCCGAAUUCCAAGGACGUGGUUCAUCUGACUGAAAGUUUACUUGACAUCAAUUUUAAUCGUGUUAAAAUGGAAGAUGUUCCAGUUGGAGCAGUUAUCAAGUAUUGA